AUGCAAUUACUACAUUUUAGCAUCAUUGGAUUGAUGGCAAUAGGAGGUGCACAAUCGCUAUUCAUCCCCCAGAACCAAGAUGAGUUUGUAUUGGUUACGAAGAAGACCGAUAUAAAGAACUUGUUUAAGAAAUAUCCUAAUGGGAAGAUACUUGAUGAUAUUAAUGAUCCAAAUGAGAAGAUAUUUGUUUAUGAUGUUGAAACAGUGAUGCUGAAGUUAGUCAAAUGA